UAUUGAUGUAUCUCCUUUUGGUGAAUUUCAUGUGCAGUGGAUGGUUUUAUUUGUGGAGGUGAGGCCAAACUUGCUUUCUGGGGAUGCAGAUAAGUUCCUUCUUGAGGACAUUAGUCAGGUUGGGGAUGUCGUCCUUGUCCCGGAUGAAAGCGUGAUACAGAACGAAUUUAAAAUGGUUGGAUUGGAGACCCUGGUUGGAUACAAAGUUGUGACACCCUCUCAACGGAAUAUUGGAAAGGUGUGUGGAUACAAGUUCAGCCUCAAUUCAGGUGCUGUUGAAGAACUUGAGCUUGAUUCAUUUGGACUAUCAUUAUCCCUUCAAGUUUGGGUUUCUUGGCAACCAGAAUGUAGGAGUUUCAAUGGGUGAUCUUGAAGAUUAUGACUCUGAACCAUCUGUGACAUAUGGCCAAGUUUCAAGGAGAAGGAAAAGUCUUGGAAGAAAGAAACCUAAUCAAAGAUAUUGGGAUCUUCCAAUGGACUAUCUUUGAUUCACAUGUUUUGUCCGCUAACUCCCAUGUAAUAAUACUCCUUUUAAUCGAAAAUAUAGUGAAGCUUUAAUAAGCCUACUAAGGAUGACAUAAAAAUACCAUACCAAAUUACCAAUUGUCUUUUUUAUUUUCUAUGGUGUAAAAUAGA